AUGGCAUCCACGCAAGCCUUGGAGCAUCUGAGCACUCAGGUUAUCCUCACAAAGCCCAUCCAGUCAAAGAUCUCGCCUCGCACCAAAUUCUCCCUUUUCACUAAACUCCCACCGGAGAUCCAACUCAUGAUUUGGGACCAAGCCCACGCCAGCUCCCAACAGCAACCCCCACCUCGCCGCGUCCGUCACCUCUUCCGGCUCGCCAAAUGGCGCCCCUUCUAUAACUCUCUCGACCCAGCAACCGGUAAGCACAUGCCUUUCUACAGCGAGCAAGGCAUCCGAACUCUCCAUCCUCAACUCGCCAAUCUCUUCUUCCCCUCCCUGCGCCACCGUUUUCGCAUCCACGCCAACGGCGUCGAGACUGACAAAUCCCUGGUAUCCGUCUAUUCGCCCGGCCAGUACAAUGACAAGAUGGUACUCGAGAGGCGACCGUUCCUCUGGAUGAGCUUCGACAAUGACGUCUUUGUCUUUCACGACAACUGGCAGAACGGGUUUCCCGGAAACUUCCUACGAUUUGUUUCGGGACGGGUGGGCCUUCAACAAGCAUUAACACUCCAGGGCAUUGCGCCUUGGUUCUUUAAGAUCCAGAAACUUGCUUUGGUCCCAUGGGACACUCAUAAGCUCGACCCAUUCGACACGCUGGCGCUGCUCAGCAACUCUUCUCUCGAGGUGAUCUACAUCAUCGCGCGCCGCAGCCCCAUGUGUCCCUACCUGCCGUACCUACGCCAGCUGAUCCCAGCUAACGCCGACGGGUUCGCACCGCACGAUGAUUUCCGGCGCGAGCACAUCAACCGUCAGUUCGACGAGCUGGAAGCUGAUAUGAUGAUACAAGGGUGGGGAGUCUACAUUGAGACUGGGGAGAUAUAUAGACGUGAGCCGCAAAAGAAAUGUGUUUGCGACUUGGCUGCCAAUACUGCGGGCCUGCUGAGGAGGGAGCUGGAUGAGAUGUUUGUGAGGGCGGGACGGAUGGACAUCGAGAUUCGGAUUGUGGUGGAGUGGAAUCCUCGGCAGGGGGAACCGUGA